GAGUGUCUUGCUUGCUUGAGUUGAAUGAAAUGAAUUGAAUGUGACAUGGCGUCGACCAAGAUAUAUCACGGAUAAUUCUUGUUUUAAUGACAGUGGCCUCUUUUAGUAUUUUAUUACUGAGGCCGUAAUAAAUCGUACAUUUGCAUUGAUGGUAAUGCAUGCAAGGAAACCGCAGCGAAUAAGCGAUGGGUACUUUGAGAAGCACCAAGCCCAUCCGUAUCAGAAAUACAAUACCAAAAGUGAUAGAAGGGCAAACGAGUAUGUACCUUCUGACAACCGAUAUACACCACUCCGAUCCCCAAAUGGCAAUGUCUCAGUACAUGGCCAUGGGGCCCACACAGGCCAUGCGGGGCAUGGACACCACCACUACAGUCAUGUGGUUGAUGAAAGAGGAUAUGCAACAUCUAGAAAUACCUAUAUACAGAAAGGUUCUGAAAAGGAGAGAGAUAGAGACUAUAAAUCCUCUAGAAAUAAGUACACAGAUAGUGUCAGAUCCCCAAAGGAGAAACGUGAGAGAAUCAAAGAAAGUGAACGAGAGAGAAGUAAUCAUGAACGAAGUGAAUCAGAGAAAAAGAAUAGGACUAGUGGCAUAAACAUAAGUGUUAAUAGAAGUAGUAAAUAUGAUAAAAGAAGUGCUCCCUCAGGGAGUGUGCCUUCUGGCAGUGAAUGGUCAGAGCAUAUUAGUUCUUCAGGAAAGAAGUAUUAUUAUAACUGUAUCAGUGAAGUGUCACAGUGGGAGAAGCCCCGGGAGUGGGACACAAGAAGGACAUCAUCCAAAGAUUCUACAUAUUCAUCCAGAAGCAAUAGAGAAAAACGAUCCAGUUCUCGAUCAGGCAGAAGAGAAGUGGAGAAACCAAAUAAAAGAGCCAAUAGCGGGUCGGAGAGGUACUGGAACAACGGCGGCAGGGAGGACGACCCGCACGACCGACCUCGACCAAAACUAUCGUCGGCGCCUCACGAAGGAAAAGAUGGGCAGUCUUUACAAGACAUGGACAUAUCUCCGGACCGCAGUACGCCGCUCUCCGAGAACUCGUACGGCGGGCGGGACGGCAACUCCGCGGCGCGGAACAACGCGGACAGCAACGCGGUGCCGCCCGUCGUCGUGCUCGACAAUUCUAACCAACCGAGUGGGUCGUUGCUGGCGGCGGCCCUGCCUCGCAUCGUGGCGGCGCCGACGGUGUCGAUGCCGGCAGCGAGCACGGCCGCGCCGACGGCGGCCAACAACGGCGGCGCCACGCCCGAGGGCAGCGGCGGCGGCUCGCCGCACCGCGACGCCGGCCCGCCCACGCCCACGCACUCGGAGAACACCGACCCGCACGCGCCGCCGCUGCAUCUCGACACGGCGCUGCCGCGGAAAAUGGAGUGCCUGGGCAGCUACUCGUCAGUGGUGGGCGGCGCGCUGCACCACCCGCAGGCGCCCGCGCUCACGCCGUCGCUCGUCAACUACGUGCGCGCCGACCUCACGGCGCACGUCUCCGGCUGGCCCGCCGACAUUCUCGAGAAACAGGCAAAUAAGUACACUGAAGAAGCCUAUCAACUGGGGUGUCUACAGUGCACGCGCGUGUCCGCAGAACUGAAGUGCUCGCGCUCGCUCGUACGCCACACCGAGAUACAAGCCACCUUACAAGAGCAGAAGAUCAUGUACCUGCGGCAGCAGAUCUCGCGGCUGGAGGAGCUCAAGUCGCAGAACUCGUUCAUGUCCUCGUCCGAGGACUAGGGGCGUGCGCGGGGCGCCGAGCCCGCCGCGCCCGAGCCAGCGCCCGCGCCCCGCCCCCGGCUAGCGCCCCACGCGCCCACCUCACGUGAGGACCUUUUCAUUUACCUAUCAAUGCUAAACAUUGUUCAUUCCGUUCUCUUUCUAUGUAAUUUAGAUCGAAUGAUUAACUGUUAAAUGUGUUGUGUGAUUUGGUGUUAAAUUCUAAGCAAUUGUUCUCGUGAAAAUCGGCACGAUUGGUCAAAUUGGGUUUAAACUAUUAUUUUACAAUUCUAUGACAUGUACAUGAUUAUUGUUAAUGAAUGACAUGAAUGGUAGGUAAGUCUACAGUACGUUGAAGUGAGCGAGGGAGCUCUCGCGCCGCGCUCCGUUCACUAAUUAGACUGACUCUUCACUUCACACUUA